AUGGAUGCGACCAAGUCAACUAUGGAAGAGCUCGAGCAAGUGGCUUUGUUCGAGGAGUUUUUGGAUAGAAUGUUUCAUUUGGGGACUGGAUUAAAUACCGAGCUUAGGUAUCAUAUUGGAGAUAGCGGUCCACAAACUAAGUCUGGAUCCAAACUUCCCACCGGUAAGGCAAAAGAAGUGCUCGAUAGCAGAGGAUAUCAUCUGAAACAUCUCCAAGAAAAUUUGGAGAUCUUGCGGAAGCAUAAUAUGAAACUCAACCCGGAGAAAUUUGCCUUCGGGGUUGGCUCCGGUAAAUUCUUGGGGUUCCUGCUCUCGCAAAGAGGGAUCGAGGUAAAUCCUAAUAAUAUCAAAGCCAUCAAGGAUAUCCCAGACCAAAUGACAAGUGUGAAGGAAGUACAGAGCCUUACCGGCAGGUUUGCUGCUCUCAGCAGAUUCAUCUCAAGGUCCUCGGAAAAAUUCUACCGCUUCUUUUCACUUUUGAAAAAGAAGAACGACUUUGCAUGCACUCCAGAAUGCCAACAAGCACUAAAGGACAUAAAAAGGCAAGCAGCUGCUAAUUAUCUUGCGGUCUCUGAAGUAGCGGUAAGUGCCGUUUUGAUCCGAGAAGAAGAAGAUUUCGUGGCUGAUUUUGGUUCAAGAGUAAUGCCUUUGGUUGCUAAGGAAGCAGUGUUGGUGUCGGGAACUAUAUUGGGAGUUUGA